UUCAUUUUGAAGAGACAGAAAAAGACAGCGCGUCCAGACAUCCAUACCUAACAGCAAAAUCACUAUCAUUGGAUGAUCAGGGAGAAACAGAAAAUGAAGCAUCCUUGGAAGAGGAAAAGAAUCUAUCAGAAGCAAGUAGUAUGAGCAUUUUGAAAAUGAACAAACCAGAAUGGCAUUACAUUCUCCUAGGAAUUCUUGCUUCUUCUGUACUUGGUGCCAUCCUACCAGCCUACGGAUUAUUACUUGGUGAAGUUUUACAUCAUAUGGGAGGCGAUAAAGAUAAAAUGCACAAGUACUGCUUGCUGUUUGCUUUAACUGGUGUAGUGUCCUUCUUUUUUUACUUAAUGCAGUAUUCUAUGUUUGGAAUAUCUGGUGAAAUGCUAACUAUGAGGAUACGGUCCAGGUUAUUCAAGUCCAUUCUACAUCAGGAAAUGUCAUGGUUUGAUGAUAAAAAUAAUACUACCGGACUGUUGUGUACACGAUUAACAGUUGAUUCUGCACGAGUAAAAGGGGCUAGUGGAGUAAAGAUUGGACUGUCUGUACAGAUUCUUGGACAUAUGCUAACAGCAGUGAUUUGUUGUUUUAUAUAUGAAUGGCGCUUAGCGUUACUUGUUUUCGCUUUUGUCCCGGUUAUGGUACUAGCUUCUACACUUGAACAGAAAAUGUUUACCGACACACUAAGUCAGAAAUCUGAGUUGAUGGAGGAAGCAAUAAAUCUAUCAUCAGAAGUAUUUCAUAAUAUCAAAACCGUAUUGUCAUUGUCUCUUGAGAAGAUGUUUUAUGAAAAAUGUUUGAGUAAAUUAUAUUCUAGCAGCAAAGAGAACAUGAAAUCAGCUUAUAAAACUGGAAUAACUUUUGCCGUAUCUCAAGCUAUGAUUUAUCUAUAUUACGCAUGUAAUUUCUAUGUUGGAAGUGUAUUGAUCUCAAAAUGUUAUAUGGACUACGUGGAAGUAUUCAAAAUAUUAUGUGUCAUAGUUAUUGUGAUGUUAAUAAUUGGACAACAUGCUACAUUACUCCCAGAUGUAACAGAAGUAUCACUUUCUGCAGCAAGAAUAAUGAAUUUGCUUGACCAAUUACCUGCAAUCGAUAUGUAUUUAGAAAAAGGAGACAAACCGGAUAGUUUUAAAGCAAAUAUCCAGUUUAAAGACGUUGAGUUUCGUUAUCCAAGCCGUCCAAACAUAAACGUUCUCCAAGGCUUGAAUUUUGAUGUCAAGCAAGGUGAAACAGUUGCUCUCGUUGGAGGAAGUGGUUGUGGAAAAAGUACUUGUAUGCAGUUACUCGAAAAGUUUUACAAAGCAGAUACAGGAUCAGUGCUUCUGGACGGCAAAAAUCUAAAUGAUUUAAAUACUUCAUGGCUUCGUCAACAGUUUGCUAUUGUCUCUCAAGAACCAGUUCUAUUUUCCUGUUCAAUCCAAGAAAAUAUUGCUUAUGGAGACUUGUCACGAACGGUGACAUUCGAUGAAGUUGUCAAAGCUGCUCAACAAGCAAACAUUCAUUCUUUUAUAGAUUCUCUACCUGAGCGUUAUGAAACUAAACCUGGAGGGAAAGGAUCGCAGCUAAGCGGUGGACAGAAACAGCGAAUUGCUAUUGCUCGAGCAUUAGUAAGAAAUCCUAAAAUACUGCUUUUGGACGAGGCAACAUCAGCUCUUGAUACUGAAAGCGAAAAGGUUGUUCAAGAAGCUCUCAAUAAAGCAAGACAAGGUCGUACGUGCCUAGUUGUUGCCCACAGGCUCUCAACGAUUCAGGAUUCUGACAAAAUUGCUGUAGUUGUAAACGGCAAAGUGCAUGAAAUAGGAACACCUAAUGAAUUAGAGCAAAAAAAAGGUGUUUACUUCAAGCUACUCACCAAUCAAAAUUUGUAAUCACUAUCUCUAAUUUCAUUAUAUGUUGUGUCUUGAAAAACCUGAAACAUCACAUUGUAAAUAUUACCUACAAGGGAGGCAGUUUUAUUGUUCAAAAAGAUUGUUUAAUCGAUGUUUGAAUAACAAAUAAAGAUUCAUUCAUGCAUUCGUCUUAUAUAUAUAUAUAUAUAUAUAUAUAUAUAUAUAUGCAAAAGUGUCGAAAGUCGAAAAUGUUUUUUCAGAAAAUGACAAAAUAGUUUCACCAUUCCAUAGCAAAACAGUUGUACUUAACUUUGACAAUAUUUGAUAUCUUGGCACCUGAAGCAGCUGGAAAUACAAUAGUUUGACAAGAAGAACUGGCUA